AAACUGUCCAUGAUUUGAAGUUACUAGCAGUGCUUCUGCACUAGUGCGAGCACGAGCUGGGGGUACUGUCGGCAGUUCGUGCCGUAGAGAUAGCAGAGACGAAGCUGAAGGCCACGCCGAGCUUGACCAUGGCUUCCGGCCCUCGUUCGUCAUCGCAUUCCUUCCUCGCCCUUCUUGUCCUGCUGCCUCUCGUGGUGCUGUCUGCGGCGGCGGCGGUGUCGUUCGAGACCAAGUCCAUGGACCCUGGGCUCGUCGUGAUGGCGCUGCCGGAGCCGGUGUCCGGACCGGAGAGCCUCGCCUUCGACGGACACGGCGGCGGGCCCUACUCCGGCGUCUCCGACGGCCGCGUCCUCCGGUGGGACGGCGGUCUCCGGGGAUGGACCGUGUACGCCUACAACUCCAAGCACAAGAGCGUGGCGCUAUGCGGGCCGGACAAGAAGCUGGUGGUGCCGGAGAGCGUGUGCGGGCGCCCGCUGGGGCUGCAGUUCCACCGGCGCUCCGGCGAGCUGUACGUCGCCGACGCGUACCUGGGGCUGCUCAGGGUGCCGGCGCGCGGCGGGCUCGCGGAGGUCGUGGCGGCCGAGGCCGGCGGCGAGCCGUUCAACUUCCUCAACGGGCUGGACGUUGACCAGCGGACCGGCGACGUCUACUUUACUGACAGCAGCACCACGUACCAAAGGAGCGACUACCUGCUGGUGGUGGCCCUGGGCGACGAGACGGGCCGGCUGCUCCGCUACAACCGGCGCGCUCGCCGCGUGGAGGUGCUCCGCGCGGGCCUCUCGUACCCGAACGGCGUGGCGGUGGGCGGCGACGGCGAGCACGUGGUGGUGGCGCACACGGCGCUGUGCGAGCUGCGGCGGCACUGGGUCCGCGGUCCCCGGGCGGGCGUGUCCGAGACCUUCGCGGAGCUGCCGGGGUACCCGGACAACGUGCGCGCCGACGGCCGCGGCGGGUACUGGGUGGCGCUGAGCAAGAGCGCCGGCGUCGCCGCGGGCGCGGGCGCGGCGCCCACGGUCGCCGUGCGGGUGUCCCCCGACGGCAACGUGACGGAGGCGCUGGAGGGGUUCAGCUUCGUGUCCGUGAGCGAGGUGGCCGAGCGCGGCGGCGCGCUCUGGGUCGGCUCCGUCGACACGCCCUACGCCGGCGAGCUCAGGCUGCGGCGCCCCAGCUUCUGAUUGGUUACUUGCUGUCCGGUGCGUCGUGCCAACUGUACAUGUGGUGUGUUCAGCAGCUAGCGUAGAACGUGUGGUGUGUGAAUUGUGGAUGUAACAUUGGGAUUGGCCGGUGGGUGUGCCAUGCCGUUCGCCGCCGUCGCCAGCGCUCGUCGUCGCAACGGUGAUGGCUUGAUUCUGUUGUGGAAUGGGGGUUGCUUGUUUAUCACGUGCUACGACCGUACCUCAUCUUGA